AGCGUUUGCUACUUUGAGAACGAGCGACGCGCGUCCCUGCGAGUUACCGCGGCAGCCGCCUCCGUCGUCAUCGUCGCCGUCGCCGCCGCCAUCACCAUCAUCGCCGCCGUCGUCGUCGCCGUCGUCGUCGUCGUCGUCGUCGUCGUCGUAGUUGCCGCCGCCGUCGCCGUUGCCGUCGUCUUCCUCGUUGUCAUCUUGCCAUUGACAUCGUCACAGUCGUAUACACGUUACGGUUCCCUCGUGCUCACGCGUUUUUAUCGUGUAAUCCGGUGUCGUUAUCGCGAUUCGCUUUCCAUUUUUUUUUUUUUUUGGUGAAACGAAGGCAUCGUCGUGAGUCAGUGAACAAGUUUGCUGACGUCUCGUUGACGAAUUCGACGCGAUACAACUACUGUCGUCUACGCGAUAACUUUGGUCACGCGCGUGCUGUCAGCCACUCUGUCAUCUUGUGUCGUCGUUGAAUUGAACAUCCUCGCGAUGGAUCGGUGAAAAUAAAAUACGCUCUGAAAGUGGACUAGAAGUGGACUGAAAGUGGACUGAAAGUUUGUUAUGGACAUAGAAGUUAACGUGCGUAUGAAGACUGAAAAAAUCGUGUGGUCUGACGUGUGCCAAGACGCACGCACGAUUCUUGGUAGUGUGAUAAGCGGCACGUUCGAGGGACGUUAGUCAUUUGGAGAAUAAAUCUUUUUAUGAUACUUAUCGGAGCAUCAUACGAAAGCCCACAAAGAGGAUUGCGGAAGAAGAAACGGCUUUAACAUGCAUUGAGGCAAUCCACGCUCGAUCGCUCGAGUCGUUACGAUACUGGCCAGUGGGCGAACACAGUGACACGCGCGGUGACGAGAACGUCAGAGGCACGGAGCGUAUCGCUGGCGACAAAAACGCGCCAGAGUGUCACGUCGUCUCUACGAGUCGCAGGAAGAAUAGGAACGCGCGUUUCCGACUCUCCAUGGACCACGGAGCGAUGGACAGCUCUUCCGAUCACAGCAGUCGUGCCAGUCCCAUAACCGGCAGUCCGAAACAUCCUCACAGCCCGUCGACGCAACAGAGCCAGCAACAGCAGCAGCAACAGCAGCAGCUCCACGGCAGUCAGCAUCAACCGCCGCCGUCUCAUCAGCAGUCGCACGGGCGCGAUCAGAUCCGCGAUCAUCAGCAACAGCAACAAUCACAGCAUCGCGGUGUGCCGACACCAGGCUCGCCCACGAGAGGUUCACCACCUCAGGGCCUUCCUUUGAGUCCGCCGCCGUUGUCGGCCGGGAGCGGCCACGGGGCACCGCCGGGUAUGGUGCCUCGUAUGCCGGGACUCCCGCCACCGGGACUGGGACUGCUGGGCCAGCUCGGUGGUAUGCUGAGCGGACACCAUGGCUCCCCGCUGGAACUGAUGGCAGCCCAUCACGCGGUUCUACCACCGAGAUCUUACAAUAGUCCACCGCCGAUUAGCACGAGCGAUCCUACCGCCAACGAGUGCAAGUUGGUCGAUUACCGCGGCCAAAAGGUCGCCGCGUUUAUCAUCGCCGGCGACACGAUGCUCUGUCUGCCGCAGGCCUUCGAGCUGUUCCUCAAACACCUCGUGGGCGGCCUUCACACAGUCUACACGAAGCUCAAGCGACUGGAUAUCGUGCCGUUGGUGUGUAACGUCGAGCAAGUUAGGAUUCUACGCGGCCUCGGAGCCAUCCAACCCGGCGUCAAUCGGUGCAAGCUGCUCAGCUGCAAGGACUUCGACAUUCUUUACAGGGACUGCACUACAGCCAGCUCCAGGCCAGGAAGACCCCCAAAGCGAGCUUCCGUUGGACUGAGCCUCGCGGCGAGCCACCUAGCCGCGGCGGCUGGCCAUCAUCCUCAACACUCCCUGAAGAAGCACAGAAUGGACAACGGCGAUUAUUACGAAAACGGACACCUCGACGUACCAAGAAUGGAGAAGUCACCGCUUCUGGCGAAUGGUUACAAUCAUCCACCUACGCACCUGAGCCACAUGCAGUUCAUGCAGCUUAGCGGACACCCAGGUGCAGGGCACACCGCCAUCCUGUCACCGGCCAGUUUGCCGCAUCACCUGCAAGCGCAGGCACAGGCUCGGGCCGAGCAGGGUCUCAAGGUCAAUCCGAAUAUGACCAACAUGGAAGCCCUCGCGAGGCUCCGCGAGGAAAGAGGCGACGCCGAGAGAGCGCUGGCUUUGGACCACAAACCCAGGGACCUCAGCUCGCACAAUGGUUCCUCCAACGGUCACAGCCCGGUUCUAAAUCUCUCAAAAACGGCGGGAAGCGGAAGCGUGGGCGAGCAGUCCGGAAGCGAGGCAGGUGCGUCGCAUCGUUCUCAAGACGACGAGGAGGAGGACGAUAAUCUGUCGGAGGACCUCGAGGACGACAAUGAAAAGGACGAAGAUAUGUCGGACGUGCCGGAGAACCUGCCGUUGCCGGCACCGGGCUCGGAAAGUCCUCCCCAGGCCCUCAACUACUCGCAGAUAGCCUCGGCGGCGGUCGCCGUGUCUCAGAGCGCCCAGGACCCCUCGGUCUCGAGUACGGAGACCCUGCUGAGGAAUAUCCAGGGCCUGCUCAAGGUCGCGGCUGACAACGCGAGGCAGCAGGAGAGGCAAAUCAACUACGAGAAAGCCGAGUUGAAAAUGGACGUUCUCCGAGAGCGGGAGGUCAAGGACAGUCUGGAGCGGCAGCUACAAGACGAGCAGAAGGUGCGAGUGAUUUACCAGAAACGGUUAAAGAAGGAACGGAGAGCGAGGAAACGGCUGCAGGAGCAGUUGGACCUGGAGAUCAAGAGGCGCACACAAUUGGAGGAGGCCCUCAAAGCCACGGGCGCGUCCUCGGAGCAAGUCAGAGCGAUUACCGAAAAUGUAACGGCGGAGGCGCGCACGAGUUCGGAGCCGCCGGAGGCUAGCCCGGUACAUUCUCAGUCGCAGCAGCAGUCGUCGCAGCAACAACCACCGCAGCAACCCCUUCAGCAGCAACAGGCAGCGGCCCAGCAGUACCGGGAGGCGCAAGUGCCGCGUCCUUCCCAGCAACCGUCGACGCCGGAGAAGCCCGCAUGGGGAUACGGGCUGGAUCUCAUCGGUAGCCAGGCGUCGGCCUUCUGGCAAAACUACCAAGAAUCGCUGGUGCAAGAACUCGAGUUGGAGAGAAAAUCGCGGCAGCACCAAGCGGCCGAGAGGGACCAAGUCAAGUCUCCUCUUCAAGAGUCGCGGACGGGUUACUACAAGAACUCCGUUCUGUUUACGAGCGCGACCUAGAAGAGGCCGGACGACGGCAGGCGGGGGCAGCAGGCAGAUCGUGCAGCGAGCAGCCGAAGCGAGUGAUCGAUCGGACGAAGUAGGAAACGCAAUUCGAAACCACGAGAGCGGACUCACGCAACGAGAAGCGAACCGGAGGCAACGGAAUCGCGAUAGUCUGCGAGAAGAGCAAACUUACGACGGAUUCGACGGAGGAAGAGCAAAACUCGGAGUGACGAUCUCGCGCGAGUGUCCGCGGAGACUUUAUGCACACAGUUCGACGAGCGAUGCGAGUACCGAGAACACCGGGAGGCUUCCACGAGAGUAGCUUAUCGUCGGGAGGCUCGCGUAAGUUUAGGACAUGGUCGUACAUACGAGCGAACGCUAAGCGAUGGCGCAGAUUCGAUCUCGUCGAACGAGAAUAAAAGCGCGCGUGGCUGUUUCACACGUUUGUACAGAGCCGCGAUCCUGCCACGUUUUCCGAUACUCGAGGAGAGAAGUGAAAACUCGAGGGGGAGUAAGGGAGGGGGAGGCUCCCUCGAAUCGAGAUCGGUCCGGUCCGGAGUUCGCGACAGGGACGCGCGGACCGAUCGGCACACAUAUCAACGACGCGAUAUUCGCCGAUCUCCCGGUUUGCGUUCGCGGUGAUCGCGGUGGGGUUCGCGUCGUUCGUUCGACGACGCGCGACAGACGUACCCCGAAAGAAGAUAUUCUCUAAAUAUAUGCGUCAUCGAUUGUACCCGUGAUGGAUGAUGACCGAACAUUGCGUGACUCUCGCGGUACCGAGACGAUCGCGGGGACAGUAAACGGGGGUUGGGGGGGGAGGGGGCAAAAUCGGGAAGCAAGGAGAGAAAGAAAGAGAGGCGGACGAGAGGGAGAUAAGAGAGGCAUAUUUCUAAAGACUGCUGGAGAGUGCGUGCGUGAGUGCAUGCGUUCCUAGAGGUACCUAUCUCCUAAUUAUCGAGCGAAUUAAUUAGAUAAUCGUUUUUAAGGGAUUCCGGGCGAUCGGGCGCGCCACGCCGUCGUCGCGUGCAUCGUGAGGCGCGCCGAUUUCGAGUAUUAUUAUCAUUAUUAAUAUUAUUAUAUACGUCGCCGCGGUGGCGCGAGGCCCGAUCCGAUCGCCACUGCGAAACGAAUGUCGAGUCGCGGGCCCUCUCGUCGCGACCGGCGAUCAUUCGAUAUCCCGCGAUCGGCGUCUUCGGCGGCGCCGAUCGUCGCCCAUCUCGAUGUUGCGACGAUUUUUUUCCGAGAACGCCGUUUCUCUCUCGCCGGGCACGUCGCAGCGCCAAGAAACGCGCCGACUUUUUGUAAAAUGCGCGUAAGAGCGCGGAAAUUGACGAGCGAGUCUCUUCUGGAUUCGACGCGGAACGAGAUUAGAGCCGCGACUCGAGCACUGUAUCAUAGAAAAACGAGUGAGCGAGGGAGAGAGAGAGGGAGAAAGAGAGAGAAAGAGUUAGAAUGACGCGGCGGGAAAAUGAGAGCGGGUGAAUGAGAGAAGGAGCGAACGAUAGAUAUAGAGAAAGAUCUCGAGGAAGAGAAAGAGUGGGGGAAGACGAGAGUGGAAGUGACGGAGAAAAAGAUCUCUCUUACGAGUAUGUUGUGUGCGUGCAUGAGUGCGUGCGUGCGCGUUUGUGGAUGUACGUAUGCGUGAUAAAAAAACGGAAACAACGGAGGAUUCUCUCCUAGCGUCUUAAAUAGUAACACCUUAUUUAUAUAAAUAACUUAGUUACUACCGAAACAAGUAAGUCUAAUCCAUAUUGCGUGUGUCCCGCGUUUGCGUUGACCGGCCGAGAAUCUGGCGAAAUAUCUCUUGGCGCGUGCGAGAGCGGAUAGAGGGAGGAAAGGGGGAACGGCAGCGGAAGAGGGACACUUGGACGAUCCUGUAAGACGCGCUUGCCGGUCCAGAGCGAGAAAGACGCCAGGGAUAUUUCCCCGGGGACGGUCCCCGUAUUUAAGAUCCAUGUACAAAGUCUUUUGCCGUAAGGUUCUUGUGUUGUAAAGUUCACAUAAUCAUAGUGUCUAGUAUCGUACCAGCUAAAGCCCGUUAAGACGAUGCUAAACGUAGAGAAACGAAAAUUUAACCACCGAUAGCUGAUCCGUAUUUGCCAUCGCCGCUACCGAUUGACGGAGGGACAGGGGAGUGGGGAUUGAGGAAAGGUGAGAGAGGGUUGGCGCAAAGGUGUUCAGGUAACGUUUUUCACGAUUGAGAACCAUAGAGAUGAUUUUCAUCAACAACGCCGAUCUCAAGGAUGACUUUGGCCGACGCCAAAUAGUACAAAUUAAACCUCGAAGGCAGAGAUUGAUGGUUGAACCGAUUUUUCACGCGAGACAAGCAACAUUGAUGGCUCUCGACACGAUCACGCACAAACACUUUACUGUAGAUGAAACCUGAACGAAUUAGCAAAUAUAUUUCAUAUCGUUUGGUUCACGGUGCAACAAAACGAACGUUGAAAUAAUCGCCGAAUGUGCGGCACGUGCGGUUCUCGAUCGAGAAAAAUGAUACCGGGUUGUUGAAGAUGAAGGUGAUAUGGGGUGAUAGCGAAGAAGAGACGGGAUGCGAAACGUUUGCGGAGCGGAGUUGGGAAUGAGGAGUAAAGGGGGGGAGGGGGAGAACUUUGUCGUCGCCACACUGCGAGUCACGGCGACGGUGACUAGUGACGCCGAUUUCGCGACUGGACUUAUACAAUCUAGUAUCGAGGCAAGAAGUGUAUUCAUUGUAAUUCAGCAUUAUUACCUAUAAAUAAAUAGUUGUUAUUGUAA